AUGACCGCCUGGUCAACAUGUGCAAAAGGAUGUGCGCCCUUUUGCCCCGCAUUCUGUACCAGACAGCGCCCGAGUCUGAUGCGAAAGAGAUUAGUUUCCGUGAUGCCCAAAGCGGUUGUUGCCUCUCAGGUUGCCCAGGAGAGACAACAGCAAGUCGCCUCGAGACGCAAUGGCAUUCAGCCACAUGAAAAAAGGUCACAUCGAGACGAAAAUGGAUGGCGGUGA